CAAGCAUAUAUAUUGCAGUGUAUCGUGAUCAUUGCAAGUUGUCAUUUGUCAUUUACAAGUUAAUUUAGUACAUUUUCGUAUAAAAAAUGAACAGGCAAAAUCCGGUGCAUUUUCUCUUUGAUUUACUUCACUACUAAACGAUGCAAUGUACCAUAGCUAUUAAAUUACGACAACUAUAAUGAUCGAUCGUAGGUUAAUUAUCAAAACUGCUAAUUCGUAGAUUCAAGUAUCUGUACUUGUGUAUCUACGUCACCGCAAAAGGAGCACGUUAACAUUGCUAUCUGAUUUUAUGGUGAUACACAACCUCUUACGAAGCGAUGCCCUGCGCGCGAUCUCCGCGACGGCUGCGGGCGGCGAGCAGCAGGCGGAGGCGACGGCCGAGCGCGAGCGCGUCGCGCUGGCAGAGGAGCUGCAGGCGGCGGCCGAGCAGUGCCGGCGCCGCUUCGGCGGCCGCGCCGAGCUUGCCACCGAGGCGGAGGCCUGCGUGCUGCAGCUGUGCGCCGCCCUCGAACGCGCGCUCGAGCACGGGCUGGCGCGCGGCCCGGGCCCCGCGGCCCGCGGCUUCUGGCCGAGCGUGCGCGAGCAGCUGGCGCGCCACGAGCGCGAGCGCUUCGCCGGGCUGCGCAGCGUGCGUACAGACCGCGGUCGCGGCCGGGCCUGGCUGCGCGCCGCGCUCAACGAGCGCGCGCUCGAGGCACCGCUGCGCGCGCUGCUGGCUGGCGGCCCGGCCGCGCUGCGCGCCCACUACCGCCGCGGGGCCUUCCUGCUGGACCAGUGCCGCUCCUCGAUGCUGCCCAGCCUGGCCGCGGGCCUCACCGCGGUGCUCUUCGCCAUGCGGGUGGACAGCGAGGAGCUGGACGCCGGCCCCGGGCGGGCUUGCCCGGCGCGCACCAGCCAAACGCUGGCCGAGCCGCUCAUCAAUCCGGAGCCUCCAGAUGCCUGCCCUUCCCGCGUCAAGCUGCGCAAAAAGGUUCACAGUCACGUGAUAUGUUUCGACGACGAGGCUGUCGACGCGGAUGCGGUCGCGAGCUCGGCUGCGCGUGUCGAUCGGUCUGUCGAUCCCAGCGCGGCUCCCGAAACGCUGAGCUGUGGCCCAACGUGCUCUGGCGCGUUGCGCGCGGAUGCAUCCCAAUUGGAAAUUAGCCCGGAAGCCGAGGAUGUCGUUGUGGACGUCAAAGCAUCGCUCUGGCAGCACGAAGCAAUAUUUGAGGAGAAGCUUCUCACGCCAUUGACGGAUGGGCAAACGAUCGGCGGCUUGAUGCCUGUUUCUCCAAUUGUUCUUGGCAACAUGUUGACUAAUUUGCCGAGCUAUCUAGACGUGAACGGGGCCACCGAGCCAGCUGUUGAAGCUACUGAACCAUUCAUUAACACAUGUUCAGAUGCAGAUAUUUUAAAUGUGGAAGCUCUGAAAUUGAGACUUUCAGCACUAAGUGAAGUGAUCGAGCAAACUCGAGGAGAAGCUGAUUCAAGUAAAAUUCAAUUAGCUCGCUUUCAAAAUCAGCAUCAAAAUUACAUCGAAAAAUGUGAGCUACAAAUUCAAACUUUAAACAGAGAAAAUGAAUUAUUACGUCAACAGUUGAGAAAAUAUGUAACGGCUGUACAAUUGUUAAAAGAAAAUUCAGCUGCAAGUGUUGAGCUCAAAGAGGAUUCUUCAUCAGGCUAUCACAAGGAAUCUGAACAGUAUCAAAUCAAGUUAAUUCAAGUUGCUGAAAUGCACGCAGAGCUGAUGGAAUUAAAUGCUAGAUUAACUAUGCAGCUAAAUAAUAAGGAUAGACUCGUCAAGUUGCUACAAACGGAAUUGGAAUGUCUUCGAGGACCAAUAAAUGAAGAUGUAUCGACCACAGCACCAUUUUUUAUUCACAUAUGGAUACCAUCUGCAUUUCUCACUGGCCAAACUUCAGAUAUUCAUCAUGUUUACCAAAUAUAUAUUCGUAUCAGGGAUACCGAAUGGAACAUAUAUCGACGGUAUGCGCAAUUUCACGCACUUUAUAGAGAAUUAAAAAAACAAGAUUCUGUCAUCACAACAUUCGACUUUCCUCCAAAAAAGACCAUCGGAAAUAAAGAUGCCAAAUUCGUUGAGGACAGAAGACAGAAAUUGCAGCAAUGGCUUAGACGAAUUGUGAAUAGACUUUCUCAUUGUUCAGGUGCAUUUUCCAGCAAUCCUACUAAACAGACUUUGAUUACUUUGUUACCAUUUUUCGGUGAUCUUCCGCAUAAUUUAGAAUCGAAAAGAAAUGAUUCUUCUGCAAAUAUAUAUUCAUCGACGUCUCCACACUACAUGGGUUUAUAAUUUUCUAAACAUGUAUAGAAAAACAAUUCAUUCCGAUGUAAAUAUUUUUUAAUAGCUCAUUUUGGAAGUUAUGAAAUAAUUUUCUUUCGUCAGGAAAGCACUUCCAAUAGAAAAAAAGAGUAUCUGUAUUAAAUAAGUAUUUUGAUCGUUGUUGAAAUAUUACAUUUAACAAAACAGAAUUUGUUCAUAUAUGCGUAUUAUAUUUGUACUUCACCAUAAGAUAUAACUUAAAUAUAAAGUGGAGUAUAUGGCUCUCAUUAAGCUAUUAGUCAUCCGAAUGCCAGAUAUAGCCAUCAAUGUCGAAGUUUUAUAAAAUCGUAAAAUGUUUCAUGUUUAAAUACAAGUCAGUCAUAUUUAAUUAUACGAACACGUACGUUCGGAGACUAUUGUAAAUAUUGUUACAUGUUGAAUUACGAUUUAGUAACAUUCGAUCGCCUUGUCAAAUCAAUUCUGUAAAAGAAAAAAAUUGUAUUUUUAUAUUUUAAUUUCUUUUCAUGAAAAAUUAUAAACAAUUCUAAAUAAAUUGUUCAAUUAUAAAAAUAACUUUUGUAUAAUAUAAUUAAUAGCGCCAUUAAUUAUUCUAAAAAAUACAGACUUUUAUUUUUGAAACAUCAUAAAACUUUCAAUAAAUUACCUUAGCAAGCAGUAUAAAACAACAAAAUAGUUAAAGAUUAGUUGAAAUAUAAUAAGCAAUUGUAGUUAUUACAAAAUACCAUAUACGUUAUUCACUGAUCAAGAAUCGCAUAGGACAUUUGUAAAUGUAAAAAAAACUUAGUAUUUUUUAUAAAAAAUCUAUAUUAUACUUACAAAAGAUAAAUAAAUAGAACAUAAAUAGAUCAUUAUAUUACAAACUUUCUGAUAGAGAGUGUUUUUUAGUUUGGUACUAGGAAUUCAAUUAAUUCCUUUACUUAUAGCUUUUAUUGUGUAAUAAUUGACUAAUGAACGAAUUCGAUUCAGUUGUUACUAAUUUUAAUUUCUAAUUUCGAUAACGGAUUUAUUAUGUUUCUAUAUUUUUAAGACAAUAAUUGACUAUUAAGAUAAUGUGUGUAAGAAAUGCUUGGCUGAAGUUGUAAUUAAUUAUAAUGAAUUAUUAGUUUAGUUAUUGUUAGAAAAAAAGCGUUACUUACUGCAUGCUGUACUAUUUUAACUAUUUAGAAGUUAGAAAUCACAGAACAGAAGAACAAAUUUUCUUUGGAUAAACGGUAAAAAAAUUUUAUAACUCUCAAUGGAUUUUGUUUUGAAUUAGGAAUUUCAAGAAUUAAAGUACUUUAUACGUACAUACUCAUUU